UUUCUUAGUUAUAGCAGUAAAGAUGCAGAGUGGGUGAUCGAGACUUUGGCUAAAGACCUUGAAGACCCACGAUGCAGUUUGGGACUUCGUCUCUGUCUUCACCAUCGGGAUUUUCAAGUCGGAGAUUGUAUUAGUGAUAACAUUAUCUGCGGUGUGGAUAAAAGUCGACACACUGUUCUCAUCGUCUCUCAAAAUUUCUUGAAAAGUGAGUGGUGUGUUUUUGAGUUCCGAGAAGCUUUACACAAAAGUCUUCUGGAGAAGAGGAAACACAUGGUCAUAGUUUUGCUAGAAGAUGUGGAAUUGACCAAUGUGGAAUCGGAUUUUAAGCGUUGUCUUCAAACCAUGACCUGCAUCAAA